CAAUCCCCCGCGCGGGCCACUCGCAGAUCGAGAGAGACAGACAGCGAAGAAGAGUCACGGUUCACGAAAUUUUGGUCUUCUUCAUUCCGACAUGAUUUCCAGACUAGUGCUCGCGUUUCUGGUCGCCAGCUUCUGCUGUGCGCAGCCUGGUGUAGCAGAGAACCCUGCGAACCCAAAUCAAGCUGCAAAUGUCGCAGCAGCAGCAGUCAAUAAUGUGAAAAAUGAAGGAGCAUUGCAGAUACAACGGAAGGCGACUGAUCAGGCAUCGCAACCAGCCACACAACAACAACAACAACCUGCACAACCUCAGCAGCCACCUGCGCAACCACAGCCACCUGCGCAACCACAAAAGCCACCUGUGCAACCACCUUCAAAGCCACAGCAGCCCCCUGCGCAACCUCAACAGCCUGUGCAACCACCUGCAAAGCCACAGCCACCUGCGCAACCUCAACCACCUGCACAGCCACAGAAGCCACCUGUGCAACCACAGCCCCCAGCACAACCUCAGCAACCACAAAAACCACCUGCGCAACCUCAACCACCUGCACAACCACCUGCAAAGCCACAGCCACCUGCGCAACCUCAACCACCUGUGCAACCUGCACAGCCCCCUGUACAACCACAGAAGCCACCACAACAACCCCCGGCACAACCACAGCCCCCCGCUGCGCAACCACAGAAGCAAGUCGAACAGCCGCCAUCUCCACCACAAGCACCAAAGGAAGAGGAAAAAGCACCUGAAGAGGUAAAGGAAGAAGAAGAGACAGAGUGGAAAGAACAAGAAAAAGAGGCUGUGGAAAUGUUCGGUGCUGAUAAGCUGGAGAUAGAAGGCACCACUGACAGAAUGACUACCGACUACUGGGACUAUGACUACUACGACUACAAUGGAAAACAAAGGCCUGACUACAUGAACAAGUGGGAGACAGACGACGACGACGACUAUAACUGGGACGACUUCAACCCUGGGGACGAACAGGAUGAGACCAACAACAAACCAGCAGCCCAAGCCCCAAAAGCUCCUGCAAAGAAAGUGCGACCUCAGCCGAGUGGACCCCGAACAAGCACAGCAAGCCAGGCUCUCUUCUAUAUCAUGGUUCUUGGAGUCAUCAUCAUUAUGGGCUACUUGCUGCUGAAGUAUUGGCGAGGCUCCACCAGAAGCAGAACCUACAAGCAACUGCACAACAAAGAAUACAUUUAAACAUAGCCUUAAUAGAGUGCAUUAUGAAGCAGUUCAAACUGUAAUUUCGGGACUUUCACCCAAAGUUUUGACUGUGCAACUCCAGUCUUUGUCAAGGAAUUUCCUUUCAGUUUAACUGCUUCAUAAUGACUUCUACACAGAUGAACUUUCAAGACAUUAAUAGAGUGUACAUGAGGGAUUAACAUGAAGUACUUGUAUUGGAAAAUUGCUGCUUGAAAACAGAAAUGCAUUUCUUACUUCCACUUAUGCACUGGAUUUUGUGCAUACACAUGUAUUUCUCUUCAUUUUAAUUUUCAAGCAAUUGCAAAUUUUGUUUUGUUUUCUUUUGUUUUACCUGAGCAUUUGCAAAGUCUGAUUUCAACUGUAAUCCUUGGUGGUUUACCCUCAUUCUAGAAAAGCUAUGAGAGCAUUG